CUGGCCCCAGGGUUUCAGUCUUGGCUGGCCCAGCAGUCAUCAGCUACCUGGGCCAGUGCCGGAGAUGGCCACAGCCCCAGCUGCCGGGAACAUCGCAGGGAGCAUGCUGCGACCCCAUGUCUCAGCCAGGGCUCCUGUCUCCAGCUCCAUCCCAUGGAAGUGAUGGCUGCCCCUUCUUGGACCUGGGGCCUGCCCCUCGUUUUCCUCCUGCUGCUAGCGACCACUCCUGCGUGGGCAGCAGUGGACGACCCUGGCCAGCUCACCUGCUUCUACAAUUCUAAAGCCAACAUCUCCUGCGUGUGGAGUCAGGAGGGCGGCCUGCCUGCCACAUCCUGCCUCAUCCAUGCCCGGCCAGAAAGGCGCUCCUGGAACAAAACCUGCAAGCUGGUGCAGGUGGAGCAGUCGACCUGGGCCUGUGACCUGAUCGUGGGCCUCCCAGAGUCUCCGUGCCUGACCUCAGCUGACACCAUCCAUAUGAGUAUGCUCUGUGGAGACCAGGAGCCAAGGCGGGUGGUCAAGACCCAGGAGUUCAAGCCCUUCAACAACCUUCGCCUGAUGGCCCCCAGAUCCCUCCAGGUCGUCUCCCUGGACUCUCGCAGAUGUAACGUCAGCUGGAAGGUCUUCCAGGUCUCCCACUACAUCCAAUCGUAUCUGGAGUUUACAAUUCGGACACGGUCUCCAGACCAGAGCUGGGAGGACAGGCCACUGCUGAGCCUCAAGCAGAAUCAGGAGUGGAUCUUCCUGGAGAACCUCAGCCCCGACAGCCUGUAUGAGCUCCAGGUGCGCGUCAGGGCCCAGCGCGACGACAACAAGGUGUGGAGUCCCUGGAGCCAGACCCUGGCUUUCAGGACCAAGCCUGCAGGUACUGGUGAUCUCGGUGAGCCCUGGCCAGUCCCCAUCAUCUUAGGCAUCGGGGGUGCCCUCACCUUUCUCCUCGUGGUCUACUUGCUGGUCCACAACUGUGCCGUCUUGUCAUGGCUGAAGAAGGCUCUGAAGUGCCACGUCCCCGACCCCUCACGGUUCUUCUCCCAGCUGAGCUCUGAGCAUGGAGGCGACUUCCAGAAGUGGCUCGCCUCGCCCAUCCCCUCGUCUGCUUUCAGCCCCGGGGGUCUGGUGCCCGAGAUCUCACAGGUGGAAGUGCUGGAGAAGGACUCCAAGGCCACCCAGCUGCUCCUGCAGCAGCGGGACAAGGGGGCACUGCCGCCGUCGCCCACCGCCAGCUGCUUCACCAACCAGGGCUACUUCUUCUUCCACCUGCUGGACGCCCUGGAGAUCGAGGCCUGCCAGGUGUACUUCACCUACGACCCCUGCGAGCAGGAGGAACCUGAAGAGGCAGUGCCUGGGGCGCCCAUGGGGUCUCCCCUCCCGCUGCUGCCCACCGUGUCCGGGGAAGACGACGCCUACUGCACCUUACCCCCAGGGGAUGAGAUGCUCCUCUUCUGUCCUGGCCUCCUGGGAGGCCCAAGUCCCCCUAACCCUGCCCUUGGGAACAGUGGGGUCAGGGAAGAGAGGCGGCCACCCUCCCCACAGGAGGGGAUCCGUGGAAGUGGGGCUCCUCCGGCCCUGGGGCUUCCCAGCCCCAAAGCUCCUCAGCUUGUGAGCAUCCAGCCAGCCCUGGAGGUGGUGCAGGGAGAGGCUGAGGAGGGAUUCCCUGCCUCUGGCCCUGAUGAGGAAGCCACGUCCUCCUGGAUGGCCCCUCCCAUGCAGGACCAGAUGAGGACCCUCACGUCUAGACUGACCUUGGACACCGACAUCUACCUGUCCCUCCAGGAGCUCCGGGAUCAGGACCCGGCUCAUGCAGUGUAAACAGGCGGAGGACAGGGUAGCAGGGGCUGCCGCUGUGUGCCAGGCCUCGGGGAGUCCAGCUGAGGAUUGUGUCUGCUAUGCCAGUCCACAACCAAGGACACCCAUAUCUGGCUAUCCAAGUGUGUCACUGUAGGCGGCCCUGCCCAGCUCUGCUCACUUGACCCACCCCCUUCACUAACCUCAGGGCUACUCCUUCUAGGUCGGAGUCCUACGACUCAAGUCUCCCCUCCAUGUCCAGGGUGAUGCACUGACCUUGGUCGAGGGUCCUGUGUGCAAUAGUCCAACUGCAACGUCUGGAGGUUCUUGUGCCCCCACCCCACACCUUGGCAGGUGCUGUCUUCCUGGCCCAGGCGACACACUUCUUUCACCCUUCAGGGCCUGUGCUGCUGCCCCUUGGUAACCAUCCCCUCCCUUGUGUGCCAAGGCUUCCAGGCAUAGUGCUGGGGUUACAUGGGGAAGUAGCCCCACCCCUUCUCCCCUGGGUGCUCUCCAUAGCCAGAGUCCCUAGGCCCAAGUCUGGACAUGCCCCUGUCCCCCUCAAAGCAGCUACCUGCUGGAUCUUUUCACAGACCUGUAGCAAGGCCACUAUGAAGUAAACAAACUAAACCCCCCAGAGUCUGAGCAGCCCAGGCAGCAGCUUGUUCCUGGGGGCAAGUCCCGAUGCUGCAGCUACAGAGAACCCAAGGCUGGUCUCUCCAGGGCAGGGGUCCCUGUCAGCUAAGGAUUCCAGAAAGGCAGGUAUAGGAGGGCAGGGCCUGCGUGGUCUUCUCACCGCCCAACACCCCCUCCUAUUCUUAGGGUGGGAUGAUCAGCCGUCCCGCAUUGCCUUGUCCAGGUUCCCUGCCCCAGCUGCUCUUUCACAGGAGCCAAGGACACGCCUACCAGGUUCUGGCAUUCCCACAUCCUGGGAUCUUGUCCCUCCUGCCCACUAAGCUGGACCCUUCUCAGGGCUCCCAGUACCCUCUUUCGCCCACCCCUCACCUGACAUCCCUUCCCUCUGUCCUGAACAGGCACUGAUCACAUUGUCGCAGACAUCACAUCUCUUGCUCCAACAAUCCCUCCUGAGCUGCCAGUUCCCAGUGCCUACACUUAUAGGCUCUGCUCACAGGCGAUUGGGUGCCUGACAAUAAAUCCUUCUUAUAGGCUGAUCAUCAGCCUAUCAGGAGGCUUGGAAUGCAUGCUCCAAU